AUGUUCAGUCUUGUAGCUCUUUUCUUUUCCUUUUUUGCUUGUUCGCUCGCCACACCAAUCGCUCUUUCGCCGCCUUCUCCAGAUCAUCCGGCCAGCCUGCACAGACGGAUAGUAACUACCGCAAAGUAUCGGGCUGUUAGAGAAGCAGCGCGGAGGUCAGGUUCGCGUCUCUUACCCGGCGAGUGGCACUACUUCCGGGUUUGCGUUCUUCUCACGGAGCCUCCAGAAAACGAUAUCCAGAGAGAAACCGGGUGCCAGCACCACAUGUUCCUUGUGGGCUCCGUGAGUCAGCAAUCUUCCGACUCUGCAAUACGAUUUGAGGGAACCCUGUACCAUGUUGUUUGGGAUUGGGCAAUUGUCAAAUGGGAGUGGCGCGACUACCAGUGGAAUAUUCGUGAUGGGCAGAAGCUCUAUUACGGGGGAAAGACAACCGAGGCAAAGGCUGCCGAGGGCAAUUUGCGCCGGCUAGCCGAUGAAUGGGUCGAUGCAAACGUCGACUGCCGUGAUCUCGAGAACAACAACUGCCUUGGAUUUUACAAGUGGAUGGCAAGGCAUAUGCAGUAG